CCAUUCGAAUUUCACGAACGGUCCCCAACCGAAACCCUAGGGGAGAGAGAGAGAGAGAGACUCGAUCCGUACGACGCCCAUCUCCACCGAUCUCCAAAGAGGCGAUUGGAUCAGUAUUAUUGUCCAAAUGGAGAAGGAACUGAGCCAUCGAGGGGUGAUCGCCCCGAAUGCCGACAUUUCAGGAUCUAGGAUUACGUCGGACGUGACACAUAGAGGAGAAGAGAUGCUUCGUUCCAACCGCGAGUUCUCUGAUUCCAAUGGUCUAAAAAUUAGUGCAACACCCCUAUCGUCGUCGAGAGUGAAAGCUGCUUCACAAAAGGAACUUUGCUAUGGAGAACCGCCGCGAGUUGGAAUGACCUUUAACUCAGAGGAAGAAGCUUACAACUUCUAUAAUGCGUAUGCAGAAAGAGUAGGUUUUAGUGUCCGGAAAAGUCAUACAAGUCGAAGGAAAGACGGUAGUCUGCAAUGUAGGUAUUUUGUGUGCAGCAAGGAAGGAAAGCAUUAUGCCCACCCCAUUCGUGUGCCGAAAGAGCCACGCGCAACUGGGAGAGCCAAUUGCAGGGCUCGCGUUGAGUUUAGGGUCGACCGAAAGAAUGUUUGGACCAUCAAGAGGGUAGAAUUAGAGCAUACUCACAAGCCCGUUAGCCCAAGCAAAGUGCACAUGCUUAGAUCGCAUCGACAAAUUUUGCCUAUGCAACGCCGACUUAUGGAGUGGAUGGACAAGACCGGGAUUACCCCGUAUCAGAUCGAAGAGAAGUUUAAUGGAUCUGAAAAUGGGAGUUUUCCGCGUAUGGACACUGUUAAUUAUGUCUGUGGACAACGGGAAAAAUUAUUGCGUGCGCGGGAUGCUCAAACUCUUUUGGACUACUUUAAGAACAAGCGGAGAGAAGAUCCUUCCUUUUUCUACGCCAUCCAAGUUCAUGAGUCGGGACAAGUUGCUAACUUUUUCUGGGCGGAGGGGCAUGCUAUUGUCGAUUAUGCAUACUUUGGUGAUGUCGUGUCCUUCGACACCACAUUCCAAACCAAUAAAUGCGAAAUCCCAUUCGCGCCUCUCCUUGGCAUUAACCAUCAGAAGCAAACAAUUGUCUUUGGAGCAGCACUUCUCUUCGACGAAACUGCAGAUUCAUUUGUUUGGCUUUUCAAGACUUUCCUAUCUUGUAUGUCUGGAAAGCAGCCGUCUACUAUUUUCGCCAACCAUUCCGAGGCCAUCUCUAGAGCAAUCUCAGUGGUUCUUCCAAGUUCUUACCAGCGCCUCUGUCUUCGGCAUAUUUCUCAAAAUACGGCCACAAAUCUUAGUCAUGUUAUUCCCAUGUUUCCGAAUUUUAUGUCCACAUUCAGAAGUUGCAUAUAUGAAGCACAUUCUGUGGAACAGUUCGUGGCCAAAUGGGAGGACAUGUUGAAGACCUACCAACUUGAGGACAAUUUAUGGUUACAGAACCUGUAUAGUCUUCGUGAGAAAUGGGCUACGGUAUUUUGUUGUGAUUCCUUUUGUGCUGACAUGAGAACGAUACAAAGAGAUGACGAUAUGAAUAACCUAGUAAAAAAGUUAUUUCGAAAGAAGUUAUCCAUUGAGGAGUUUAUUAUAGAAUACCACAAGACCUUAAAGCUUUUCCAUGAGAAAGAGUUGUACGAAGACUAUAAUUCAUGGCGAACAAAGCCUAUCCCUUUUGUGUCCAGCAUACCGAUGCUGACUAUGGCAGCAGAUUCAUAUACAAAGCAUAUAUAUGCUGAUUUUGAGAAGGAAUUCAAGAGUCAAUUAGUUAGUGCUUGUGAACUAGUGACCUCCGAUGGAUCUAUUAGAACGUUCAAGGUAUCACUUUUGGACUCUAAGAAUGAGGGGAUUGUCAUCUUCAAUGUCGAAGAUCAUACCGUACAGUGCUCAUGCAAGAAGUACGAAUGUGCUGGAAUUUUAUGUUUCCAUGCUUUGAAGGUCCUAAAUUAUAACAAUGUCUUCAAUCUCCCUCAUCGCUACAUAUUGAAGAGAUGGACUAAGUUUGCAAAGUAUGGAACUGCUUCAUGCAUUCCGCAGCCUGCUGUAGAUGCUGAUGGGCGAGAAACUCCUGCGUCAUGUUAUGCACGGAUUUGCCAAAAGGCCCUUCUUGUUGCGAUCAAGAGUUCUGCCUCUAGAGAAGCUCUCGCAUACGUGGAAAAAGGACUAGAUAUAUUAACAACGGAAGCAGAGGCACUUUUACAGGGGGAGAAUGCGACAAACUCAAAAAGCGAUGCUUCACAGCCAUCCAUCACACAACCUAGCGAGGUAGAUACUUUGGGUAGUCAAAUCUCGACAAAGUCUUCUCCAUUCAGAAAGUGGACGGACGUCGAGCAAUGGAACUCUCCUUAGCAUCAAUCUUGAUCUGUUGUAACAUUCUGCAACACCAAUCUUGAUCUGUCGGCUCAUCAAAUGUAAGUACAAGAAGCCCAGUGCUGUGCAUAUAAGUAGCACUUUGCAUUCUCUGUAUAUGGUUCUGCUGAUUAAUGUUACAAAAAUUGCCCUUUUUUCCCCUUACAA